UUGCAGAGCAUUAAAUCACUUGUGUUUAUGUUCAGUCAGUGCUAGAGUGAAUGGAAUUGAAAAUGCAUUAAGUUUCACUGUGUUCUGCUCUUUGAGUGUUGAUUGUUUACAACUAUUCCACUAUGCAGUGUCAUAACUUGUAAUUUGGCAAAUUCGCUACAAAUACAGUUAGAUGAAUAUUUGUAGCAGUGUUACAUGAUUAAAAGUGCUAUAAAUCACAGUAGCAAUUUUAGAGUCAGAGUCAGAGUCGGCCGGUACGUUGAUUGGUUUGGUUCGUUGCGUUUUCGGAAUGGUUUGAUUAUUGGAUUGAAUUGACUUGGAUGGGAUUGACUUCAAUCGAAUUGGCAGUUGAUCAAAUCGGAUCUGAUCGCAGUGGACUGCACAUUCUAAAAUAUACAUACAUACAUAUGUGUUCAGAUACAAAAACAUACAAACAUACAGUUAAAAAGUGCGUGCGCCAUCGUGUGUUGGCGAAGUGUUUGCAGCCGAAAAGAUAUUGUCAAUUUGUGUUUGUAGCAAAGUGUAAAGUGCAUAAAUAACGUGAAAGGCAGCAAAAGAAGAUUUGUGCGUGCCGUUGUGUGUGUAUGUAUGCAAAUAUAUUUGGUGUAAAUCAAAUCACCUGAAGUGUAAUUGAACAUUUUCGACGGCUUAUCAAACAUACAACGCACACACACACACAAGUAAAGAAACAUAUUUACGCAACGCGCACGCAUACAUACAAACACACAAGCGGACAAAGGUGGAGGCACACACGCGCCCAUCCACCCACCAGCCAGUUUGUUAAACGAAGAUUUGUGACGUCGUCGGCUGCGCUGUCGUGAUUCGUGUAUGUGGCGCUGCGGAUAGCGCUCGCACAUGCACACGCACAUACUCAGCCGCGCUCACGCAAGCAGCUCAUAUACACACACACACACAGCCGCAUAAGUGCUAAUGCUCACUGAAAUUUCUUGGCAUUUCUGCGAGAGCGAAAUCACUUGCGCGUACAUACAUAUUUAAUUUGCGAAUUCUCCCAGCCUCUUAGAGCCAGUGAGUGAGUCGUCGACUCUUUGUGCAAUUCGAAGAAGCGUCAAGUAGACACGAAGAAGUGUGGCCGCAAGCAGCAGCCACAAGGGAGCAUCGUUCGUAUUUGCCCACUCACAGUGUGGUGAUAGAUUUACAACUGUGCAACAGAGCAACAGUUUUGGCGAAGUUGCGUCUCCAGUUGCAGCUGCCAACGUCGUUCGUUCUCCGCGUUCUCGUUACUGUGUUGCUGUGACUUUGCGACACUUUGUUUGUGCGUGUGUUUUUGUUGUUUGUUGUCAUCUCGUAGGCCAUACGUAGCCGGUGGGGCGCGCAACGUGUAAACUGGCGCAAAUGCCGCUGCGGUCGUCACCGCUGCCAGCUGCAAAAUGGAAACGAACAAUGUGCAACUUUGCCGCAUCUGCAUCUCAACGAAUGUGGGCUGCACGCAAAUGAUUUCGAUAUUUGGCGAAGAUUCGCUGUGGCAGAAAAUCACCAUAUUGGCCGAUGUUAAGAUCGAAAAAGGCGACACCCUACCGCAACAGGUGUGUGUGACAUGUGCCAAAAAUGCUAUAUCCGCAUGUCUCUUCAAGAAGAAGUGCGAAGAUGCUGACAAUUUCUUUCGCCAGCAAUUACUCAUACAAAAGUUCGAGAGUCGCACGUCGGCUGGGAGCAAUGCGACGCCCGCGCAACCGGAAGUCGAUUCCACCGAUCAAGUGCCCGAAGUGGCCGCUAUGGAAAGCUACGGCGGCAGCGACGGCGAAGGACCACACGAUCAAACGCAUAUCAGCGCCAGUGGACACUCGAAUGGCGUAAUGAUCGAAGAGGACGAUGGUGAAAUAAAGUUUCCGUACGGCAAACAACCGUUCGACUUUCAUUCCAUACGACUAAUGCACGAGUACAUGCAACAGCAAUUGAGUAAGAUUAACGGUUCACAUAAGAGCACCGGAGCUGGCAAUAGUGGCGCGAACUCUGAUGCCGGUGCUGACGAUGAUGAAGAGGAUCCACUACCGCUUAUGCCCGAAGUGGAGCUACUAACACCAAACGAUGAAGUGGCGGUGGUCGGUGGCGCUAAUAACAACAACAUACCUGCUUACGGUGGCGUCGAACAGCCUGCACUGCGCGGUUAUCAGUGUCCGGACUGUUUUCAAAUAUUCGAAAUGAAGCAGAUACUCAAAGCGCACAUGCAGAGCGUACACGGCACACAGGGUCCCGUUUAUGAGUGCACGAAUUGCAAGAAGACAUAUUUCUACAAGCGUUUCCUCGAGAAGCAUGUGCGGCGCGGACGUUGCGUCAAGAAGCGACGCAAUCAAACGCGUCCAAUGCAGUGCUCCGAUUGUCAUGUGCUAUUCCCCACCGGACACCAUUUGGGCUGGCAUAAACGCACAGGUUGUCCGUCGCGAGCCGCCAAAAUGCCAUUACAACAACUGCUGAAGCAGAACAUCGUGGAGUACAACAACUUUCCGAAGCGUGUUGGCAUACGUAAGCCCGAGAAUGCGCUUUAUCUGCAUAAUAGGAAACUUCAUAUUGCCAAUAAUAAGCGCAAAGGACGUACUCGUAUCAAAUUGGAUUCGAAGAAAAUUGCUCUGGCAAAACAGCUUAUCCUCCGGGAAGCCACCACUACCGUUAUAGCCAAUGAGUUGAAUAUUUCGCGCACCUUUGCUUGGCGUCUUCGCAAGAGUCUUGUGAAUGGGGUGAGCCUGCAUGAGCGUGUCAUCGACAACAAUGGCGAGGAGUGCGACGAAACGGCAGCUCAGCCGAUGGUAGCCGACAGCACUGAGCAGCUACCGCGGUUAUAUCCCUUAGCACAACCGUUAGAUCAGUUUGCGCAAAUGCAACGUAUGGUGAAGCAGGAAAAGUCAGAGAGUGAUGAUGAGUCCGAGGAUGGUGAAGGUGGAGAAGUGGAUUCUAGACGUGAAAAUGAAGCAGCUAAAGCCGAGCAGGAAGAAAAUAACGAAGCACAUGCUAGAACGUUGGAAGCUCCGCGCGAACAGUUGCACCACGAGCAGUAUGCAGCAGCAGCAGCGGAGAAACAACAGCUGCAGGCUGAAGAGUCAGCGUUAACGGCAAAGCUGAUGGAACAACAGUUAUUACAAUUGCAACAACAACAGCAAUUGCAAAAUGUUAAUGCGAAUAAAGCAGAGGGCGAUGACGAUAAUGACGACGAUUCUGACAGUGAUUCCGACGAUUCGGAUGACGAUGACGAUGACGACGACGAUGACGAUGAUGAUGAUGACGAAGAAGAUGAAGAUAACAAAAAUGGUGACGACGGUGAUGAUAAUGACGAUGAAGAGACUGAUAAUUCUGUAGAAAAAAGUGAUGAUGCUAAGAAGUCGGAACAAGAUCAAGCACAAAAAUUACAAAUACAACAACGGGAACUAGAACAAAACUAUCAGCUGCAGCAGCACAUUCAACACCCACAAAAUGUAAUACAAACAAAUGCAGCACUUUCACAAUCGCUAAUGGAGGGCGCUGUUGCACCGGGGCUUAUAACACCGAAGGACUUGAAUGGACUGCGUCAACAGCUGUCGAAUCACAGUAAGGAGAGUGUAGCUCAGUCAGUUAUCACUCAAUUUCCGUCCGCAGCCGCCACCACUCUUCACCAACUCCCAGUGAAUCUAUCGAUUCGCACCCCGCAAGGCGCCCAAAACAACGAAUCGCCAAGCAAAGAGACCCCAACGCCUGCCACCACAUGCCAGGCAAAGAAACCGCGAAAACCGAACGUUUUCAUUGACGACGAGAAAUACGCGAUGGCUAAGACGCUAGUCGCACAGAAUGCAUCCACCAUGGAAAUAGCACGCGCAUUGAAUGUGUCACAAAUGACCGCUUGGAAGGUACGCGAUGCCAUUGUCAAAGGAUUGCCGUUGUCAUAUCGCAAUAAGAGAGACGGACGUAGCGCUUCAAAUGGGUCGAGUGUUUGCGGCGAUGCGGCUGGGGGUGCGGUUACGGAAAGUAUGGAGUCACAAAUGGCCCAUCAAUUGCUCUUGCAGCAGCAGCUGCAACAGGAGCAGUACCGACAAGAACAGUUGCAGAUACAACAACAACACCAGCAACAGCAGCAACAAAAACGUUUGCAGCAACAACAGCAAGAGCGCUUGCGUUUACUGCAACGUCAACAGCAACAACUAAAAGCACAACAACAUUUGCAAAAGCAACAACUGCAGCAGCAGCAACAACAGCUACAAGAACAACAACAGCUUGCGCAACACCAACAAUUAAUUGACGGACAGCAUUAUGCCACAUCACAACCAUCAGCAUCGCCCCCGCAAUACGAGCAACCGGCCACCAGCACAACCACCACAGCUCCCGGGCCGGUGAAAUUUGUGCAUCCGCGACGUCGUUUAAAGGCGGCCGAGCGCGAGCAACGCGACAAGGAGAUAACACGUGAGAUACUCGAACUCAUACGCGAAGACAGCAACAUACAGUAUUGGAAGGUGUCGGCACGCCUUGCCGAGAAAGGUUUCCCCAUUUCGCCAUCUUCGGUCUGUCAGAAGCUCAAAUCGAUGGGCAUACAUCGGCGCUGGAAGCCCGGCGAUAAGCCACCUAUGAUGGUUGACAUGGAUCAGUUGAAAGCGGCGAGUGCCAUAGCCGGUAGUUUAGUGCCGCCGCCAAAUGCGGCCGAUGAGGGUUACGAACAGCAGUUCGAUAUGGGUGGCGCACACUUUCUUAGUGCCUUUACGCGAUGAAACAGCAGUGGAGGGUGAACAAGUGGAGACUUACUGCGACUGGGGAAAGUCAGCUCGCAUAUUUAUUGAAACAAUAUUAAACCAAGAUCAAAGUUAAGAACAAGGAAUGCGUAUUACAUAAUAUUAUAUAUACUGUUGCACAUUUAUAUAUAUAUAUAUACAUAUAUAGGAGCAGUAUCUUUCGAGAUAAUCACAUUUAUUAAGACAGUAGGUAUAAUUUAGACAUAUAAAAACUACAAAAAGAAGUCGCUUGCAAGCAAAAAGUAUUCAAGUUCUAAUUAGUGUUAUGAAAAGUGGCACAUUAUAGCUAAUAACAAAAGUAUUUAAGCGUAAAGUUUUAAGUUGAAAAGUAUAAAAUGCAUAACAGUGUAUAUGCAGAGGUAAAGUUACAGUAUUUGCAGGGAAGUUAGUUAAAAUUUCGAACUAAAUAUUAUUAAGUAACCAUUGCCCUAAUAAUUUAUGAAAAAACUGCUAUUGGACGUAUCAUUCCAGUUUACCUUUUGCUUUAAAAUUUACUAUACAUACAUAUCCGCAUUUAAUUAAUUACUAAACAAGUAUUAAACUUGAAAAAAUUUUAAAAGUCAUUAAAUGGCGAAAAAAGGCAGCUUCCAUUUUUAUAUACAUAACACUUACAUAAAUACAUUUUAGUGCGCACAAAAUGAUUUUUUUCUCGCACAUAAGCAGCUACAUAUGUAUUUAUUUUAUGUUUAAAACAGAAUACUAAUUUGAAGUUGUAAGGAGGCAUAUGAAAGACUAGCUUGAACAAAAUAUUAAGACAUUUGAAGACUCUAGCACGUAAUAGCUAUUUAUAGACACACACAUACAUAUAUUUUGCUACUUGCAUAAGUUCAAAAAGCUAUGAUAACGAAGUCCAUUUAAUUUUAGUUUAACUUUAAUGCUUUUAUUUGCAGAAUUUCGAACUUCGCGGUCGAAAACUCGUUAAAAAAUUGUUUAGCCUUUUAAAAAGCAUAAAAUCAGAGCCAUCAGUUUGCUGAGAUACUAAAAUACAAUUAAUUUUACUAAAUUUUGCAGCAAUUACAACAAAUAAUUCACUUUUUGCAACGUCGAAACUUUUAGUUAGUUGAUUGCAUAUAAAAUUGUAUGAGACUGCAGUAACUGCAAUAACUGCAAUAUACGUUUAUAGUAUAAAAUAUACAUUAUUGCAAACAUAGAUGUUAAAUUUCAUUUUUUUUUCCUAUUAUCAUGCAUUUUCACAACUUGUCAAAUUCUCUUCUUACUUUUCUAGUAUGCACAGCAUAGUAUUCUGCUCUAAUUUUCAUCUUUCCAGUAUUUUUUAAACUAUCGCAUAUAUUUGUGGCGACGCACUGAAAUAUUCCAAAUGAGUUCCUUUGUAUUUUUAUUUACUUGCACUGUGCAUCGCAUAUGUGCAGACAUCCGUCCGAGUUUUUGUUUGACACUUGCGUGCUGCUGCGCAUGAGUAGCAUUCCGUUAGGCAACCAAAAAGACAAAAAAAUUAUUAUUAUAAAAAAAUUAAAUAUUUUGCGUAAAAAUUGUGUAUGUUCCAGAAAGAUUAAACAUAAAAUGUUAUUAGCUUCUCAUAGGGAAGAAAGAUAAAUGCGCUCCACAUACGAGGCUACCAUAAAAUAUCACUCAACGCAUUUGCUGCAAUGGUCAAAACAAAAUGCCUACGGUAUUACGUACAUACUUAUAUGUAUUAUAUUUUAAUGUUAUCAUUUAAUUGAACUCAUACUGGCUCAUUAAUGACAGUAAAUUGUUAACUUGAAUAAAAAUAAUAACAAAAUAGCUAAAACGUAUGUUACAAUAUACAUAUAUACAAUAUAUUCUUGUAGUAGUAACAAAUAGAAAUUGUAAUUAUGCAACGUUAAUCAGUGAGAAAUAAGCCUUAAAGUGCAAUUAAUGGAAAACACUUGAAAUCAUAUAUGUAUGUAUAUGUAAAUAAAUUACACAUACAUAGAUGCACAUGUCCAACUUGUUGAGUCAAACAAAUCGUUGCAAAAUAUCGUAAACAUGCAGCGCAGUUGUAACCAAGCUUAUAAGCACAUACAUACAUACAAACAUAUAAAACAAUAAAUAGUUGUGUUGAAAAACAAAAGAUUUAGCGAAAGUAUUAGUUAUAAACAUACACAAAAUAUGUAUUAAACAGAACAAGAGUAAUAAGGCUUAUAUGUAGUGUUAAGCAAUAAUUGUUAAAUAUACAUAUAUUGAAAUGCAUACACAUUAAUACUUACAUACAUACGUGCUGAGAAAUAUGAAACAUACAUAUGUACGUAAAGAAUUUGAGAUGAAAUUAUGCAAGAUGCUAACUUGUAUGAAAUUAUUUAUUAAUGUAAAGGAAAAUAACUAUAUAUAUUGUAUAUGUACAUACAUACAUGUCUGUAUGCAAAAGUAAGUAAACUUAUUAAUUGCAAAAACGGUAGCCAUUGACUAGAACCAACUCGUGUUUGCCACGACCAGCCUAAGCUUUAUUAUUUUUCUUUUUCAAUUAACUGUAUUUUAAUGUUUGCUUAUUUCAUUACUGUGUGUAAUGAUAAAAAUAAGUUUUUUUACAUUGACCGUGAUUCGGUUAUAUAAGGUUGUGUCGGUAACUCAAAAACAACAAUUCGUCAAGAGUCAGACGUUUUGUUUUGUUUUUAUGCUUCAAAAAUAAGUUUUUCAAAGAUUUCAACCAAUGAAAAUUAUUAUUUUUUUGAUGAUAACUGAAUACGAAUACACAAAAUCAGUUUAAUUUAAAAAAGAAAUUCAUGAGAAUAAUCAAACACCAGCUUUUUCGCCAUUAUGGAUUAAACAUUUUUUUCGUAAGCGGAAACACGCUCCGAAGUAACACAAACUGUAUAUAAUUGAAUCAAGGGUUUGACUUAUUUUUGGUGUAAAUGUGCAUGGAAAAUUAGUAGACUUCAAAAUAUGUUCAAAACGUUUUUCUCAAUUUUUCAAAAAAAAAAAAUUCUUAAAUUCUUUUUGUGUGUACUGUACAUUUUUUCGAAUUUCAAAUCAACUAAAAUAGUUUAAAAUAUUAAAAAAUUAAUUGCUGGACGCUCGCUAGGCAAAUGCAACAAUUGCCGUUUAAUUUUUAUUUAGUUGGUUAACGAACAUAAGCACUGAUAUUUAUUUUUUGCGAAUAGUGUAAUUGUAAUUUUUUUCUUAUACUUAAUUUUUAACAAACAACAAGUUUUAAACGUAUACAUACAUAUAUAUAUUGUCGCCCUACAUAUAUAAAUACAUGCAAGCAUAUACAUAGUUUUAUAAGCCAAGCUAAUGCAACAAAAUGCAAGUGUAUGUAUAAUUAAAUUAAAAAUGUAUUACAUAUAAAGAACAAUUACAUACAUAUAUACAUACCUACAUAUAUAAAUAUAUGAUUGUAAUAAUAAUGCACACAGUUAAGCAGUUGCACGAUUAUUUAUGUACAGCAGUAUGUACAAACCCGAGUAGAAUGAUCAGCAUGAUAUGUUAAAUACUAAGCACUUUCAUAUAUACAUACAUACAUAUGUACAUCCAUAGUGAACAAUAUACCUACAAACAUUUUUACCAUACAGUGUUGUGCCUGAAUGUACGAUUUUUAAACAGAAUGCACAUUUAAAUGUUGCAAUUGGUUAUAAAUUAGAUAUUUUUAAAGCCUAAUAAAGGGAUAGUUGAAUUAACGAGGCCACUACAACAAUUACACCAAUAACAAUAACAUAUACCGGAUUGUUUAAUGACCGAAUGAAUAUUUGUAUUUUGUUAAAAAGCAAAUUGAUACAUGCAUACAUACAUACGUCUAUUGUUAUAAACAUUCCAUACUUAUAAAAUAAAGAUAUAUGAAAAUAUUUCCUUGUA